ACAUAGUGCGGGAAAUUAACGACGACUCCUCCACCCCCCGCUUUGCUCAACGGAUUUCUACAACGGCCAGAGUCAUGUGAUUGUAACGUAAAACCCCCAACCGGAAAACACCGACGGACGGACGACCCUCUCCGCUCCUCCGCCGCCAACGAACGCGAGGAACAGUACGAGCUGCACCGAGCGCAGAGAGGACCCACGGGCGGACGAGUCUCCGGUAACAAACAACGGCGACGCGGCAAAAUCCACGGUCCCAGCGAGCUGAAGGUGGAAAAUGGAGCUGGCCAACCAUGGUCUUAUCCUGCUGCAGCAGCUUAACGCACAGAGGGAGUUUGGCUUCCUGUGUGAUUGCACAGUGGCCAUUGGAGAUGUUUUUUUCAAAGCACACAAGGCAGUCCUCGCUGCAUUUUCUAACUACUUCAGGAUGCUCUUCAUUCACCAGGACAGUGACUGUGUACGUCUAAAAGCUGCUGAUAUCCAGCCAGACAUCUUCAGCUACCUCCUGAAUCUCAUGUACACAGGAAAACUGGCGCCACAGCUGAUCGACCCCUCACGGUUAGAACAGGGGGUCAGAUUCCUGCAUGCCUAUCCACUGCUACAGGAGGCAAGCCAGAUGUAUUCAGACCACAACGUCAACCUGUCCACCUCACUCUACGGCAUUCAGAUCUCUGACCAGCAGGGGGGGCUGUCUUCUCAGCUGUCCACUCGACGGCAACUCUCCUCACCUUUUGAAAUGGAGCAGCCCAGCUCUGAAGGAAAGUGCCAGUCCACGCAAGCAGCAUCUGCAGCGUUUCCAAGUUCUUUUCCUUCCAAGUUUGUUUUGUCUCCUCCAGAGGAGGUGGCCUCUGUCAACAGAACAGAUGCUGCAGUGGAGGAGGGAAGAACUGACAUGAACAAUUCAGACGGUUCCUCAACCAUUCUCCAUGUAAAACCUAGUAUUAUGAAGCGAAAUGCCUCUUUUAGGAAACAUUACUCAUGUCAUUUAUGCAGAAGUCGAUUCACUCAGAGGAGUCUGCUAAGGGAGCACCUGCUGCAGCACACUCAGGCUCUUCACCAGUCCAGUGCUGAAGUAAGCAACGCUCAGUCUCCUAUUACCACAGAGGAGUGCACCAUGGAGAUGGAAGGGGGAGGUAAGGGGGGUGGUGCCUCUGCUACAGUGGAGAUCAUCAGUGACAGCGAGCAAACACCUGUAUCAGGCACAAACUCUGACUCUCCCCGGGCUGAAGUGUCCACAUCCAGCUGGGGACUGGGAGGACUGAUUUCUCAGGCAGACACCCCACCUCCAUCGGACAUUGCAGACAUUGACAACCUGGAGAGUGUGGAUAUUGACCGAGAAGUGAAGCGAAGGAAAUACGAGUGCUCCACAUGUGGACGUAAAUUCAUCCAGAAAAGUCACUGGCGUGAGCAUAUGUACAUCCACACAGGCAAACCCUUCAAAUGCAGUGCCUGUGGAAAGAGCUUCUGCCGUGCUAACCAGGCAGCACGCCAUGUGUGCUUGAAUCAGUCGGCUGAUAGCUACACUAUAGUGGACCGCCAAAGUAUGGAACUGUGUGGAGGUGAUGACCCAAGCCAAAUGGAAGCUAUGUUUAUGGCAUCAUCAAAGCCCUACAAAUGUAAUAUAUGUGCAACCACUUUCUCCAAUCCCACUGAGGUGAUCAAACACCUGUGCUUUGCACAAGGAGGGGUAGUGGGGCUGCAGGAAAAUGCUGGAGGUGGAGCUGACCUGCAGCAUGAAGAGGUCUCCAAAGAUGAAGGCUCUGACUUGUCCAAUUCUGGCAUGCCACUUGAAGCCAUAAAGAGUGAGGACAUCCUUGUGGAGUAGUGCUAAAAUAUCUAUUUCUCCUUGAGAUAAUUAUUUUCUAAUGUUUGUCCAGUGGCUGAUAUUCAUCAGCAUAUGUGGACAGGGUAGAAACAUCAGGCCAUCCCUAAUUUUGUCAUCAAAGCAAUACCUUACCUUUUUUUUAACAGACUAAUGCACUGGUCUCACUGUUGUUGUUGAACCACAUUUUAUGCCAACAGUUUGAAGUGAGAGCUUUAGAGCAGAAAAAGAGGAAACAGACACUUCCGGCAGCAGCAUGGUGUCAAAUGAGCAGACUACAAGUUAAUGAUACAAAGGAAAUUAUCCUGACAUUAACAUGCAAAAUUGAGACAAUCUGUGUCUUUUACCAAAUUAUCUUCCAUUUUCUUCCUUAUUUUGGUUUCAGUUUUUUUAACUGUUAAAUCUGCUGAAGGAAUUUCUUGUAUUUUUCCCACCUCUAAUUUCAGUCAUUCUCUGAUAUGCAUCUAGGCAAUUUUAUGCAUAGGAAACAUUCAGCAACAACUUAAAAAUAUAUAUAUUUGACUUGCUAAAUUGAUAAGUAAAUUUGCAACACAGAUAAUACCUGAUUUUUACUAAACUGAUCUUGAUCAAAAUAUUUUUUCCCAUAAGUUUUCAUAAGCUACAAACAGGUAAUAUACUACUGAUCACUUAAAAGGGUAUGGUAGUUUUUAAUAUUUUUAUUUAGUAACCUAAAUGUAAGGGGGGGGGGGACUAGCACUGAGCAUCCCCUCUAUCAUUUACUCUUAAAAUGUGGGGGCUAAUCUAAUCUAGUAUGUAUCUAGUUUAGACAUACUAACAUUGCAUUACUUUUACUAGUUGAUUUUUAUACCAAAGCUUUGAAUUGCCUUUAUAUUAAUGGUUACUCAUGUAUAGCCCAAAAUUCUUUUUUCCCCCCCAAUUUUGCUUCCAGUUUAAAAGUGUGAUUUAAUUUGCAUGGGAGUUAAUUUUUAGCUCACUGGAAAGCACAAUAACCUGGCUUCCUAGCAAUUACAUUUAUGUUGAAGUAGAUGCCGCUCUUUACUGUAAAACUUUUUCCCAUGUCAGAGCACAGCCCACUCCAGUUUUCAAUGAUGAUACUGACCUGGGCAACUGUGAUUUGUACUCUUCUGAUAUUGUCACUCAGUUCAAAAGUAACAAUUAAAUUAUGUACUACUGAUAUUCAUUUCAGCUUAUGCCUUUUUCAUUUUUUUAAUUUUUUUUUUUAUUGUUCAUCAGUCGGGUAACAUUGGUUGUAUAUUUGUGUAUUGAACCAUCAAAGUAUCUCAGGAAAAAAGCUAUAUGUUUUUACUAUUGUUAAUAAAAAAAUAAAUCUUAAACAUCCACAAUACUGAUGUGUACACUUUUCAUGCAUUUGUGGUGCAUAAAAUUAACAAUAAAAAGCAAAUUUUUGUAUGUGAAAAUAUAAAAUUAUAAAUAAAAUAAUAGAAUUGUUUUAAUAAGG